AAAUAUAAGAGGGAUUUUCAUAUGGGUGAAAUAUGGUUCCUCACUCUGUGGGGUUGGGGCUCUGAUCAGUCUUCUCCUCAGAGCUCUUCCAAGGAAGUUCAAGCAGAAUUUAAUGUGCCUUCAACUACAACUGUAUUAUUGUUUGUAUUCAACUAUUUGAGGAGUUCAAGGUCUUAAUCUUACACAUUGGAAUAAACAAUUUAUAUAGAGUCGGGAUAUAUCAAAAUCUGAACUUCUAGACUUGCAAUUGGUGGAUCUCCAGACUAUUUUAAAUUUGUGGCCCCAACUCUCGCCAUCGACAAUUCAUCACCAUCGUCAGCUCAAUCCUGUUUCAUCUAAUAGCAUUUAAAGUUGUCCAAUUCCACGCUUCGACAUGGCAUCUUUCAAAAUUUACUGUCUGGCUACUUUUGGCAUUUGCUUGUCUCCUAUUAAUUUAAUACUAGUUGUUAUGUACUUAGAUUAAUUGUUAAACCCUUUGAUCAAAUCUUUACCAACUCUUCCCCUUUUCGCAGAUGUGUGUUUAUUUGAUUACUUCAGAGAGAUUCAUGAAAUCACCAAACUAAGACAAUUAAGUUUUAAUAAGAGGAAUCAGAUCAGGUCAAACUUUGUUUUUUUGUUAAAUAUUUUGUUUAGUUUCUUGAAUACACCAGAGUGAACUAGCGUAAGAAGCUGAAUAAAGUGGUAUUUGGUCUCUUCUUCUUUCCAUAUUCAUAUAAUAAAUUUUAAGGUAAGGGGAUUCCUAUUUAAUGUAAAUGGGCUGUCUAGGAACUUGGGCUUCCUUUCUUUCCCUUAGUUUGUCUCUACUUGUUUGCUCCCACAAUUAUGUUAGAAAAUGAUGGGACAGGUCACAUAGGAUAAACACAGAGCACCCAUCUUCCCCAGCCUUGAGUUUCUGAAAAUUUUCCAGCUAAGGCAAGGGAGAGAAUUCUCUAAAAUGAGAACCAUAGCAUCUUGUUACAGCGAACACGCCAUUAAAGUUUCAGACUCCUACUGUUCAGGCCCUUCAAACCAGGCUUGUCUCUCCCCAAGCCUCAUCCCUUCAAUCCAAAAGGCAGUUACAUGUAUUUACAAGGCUAGGCUCUCCAAUCAAAAGCAGCUCCUGAUCACUCUCAACUGGUGCAACAACCUGGUUGGACAAGGCUUCAGCAUUAAAAUCAGCAACGACCUCUCCUCUUCUUUCGAAUCCAAUGCAGUCUCUCAUCAAUUUCGAAAUAAUAGGGGCACCAGGACUUUCGAAUUAUGCGACUCAAGAAUUGAAGUCUUCUGGGAUCUUUCCAGGGCUCAGUAUGACAGUGGACCAGAACCAAUCAAUGGGUUUUAUGUCAUAGUUUUGGCUGACUCGGAACUUAGUCUCCUCCUUGGAGACAUGGAUGUGGAACCCCAUGUGAAAAAACUCAUAAAUGGAAUCCCUGUUGCAAAAUUCUCCUUGGUUUCCAGGAGCGAGCAUUUCUCUGGUAACGCCGUCUACUUGACUAAGGUUCAAUUCUGUGACACUGGAACAGCCCAUGACAUUCUGAUCAAGUGUAGCGGAGAAGAUGAAGGGUCUAGGAAUCCGGUAUUAUCUGUCUGCGUGGACAACAAGAAGGUAAUUCAGGUAAAGCGAUUAAGGUGGAAUUUUCGGGGAAACCAGACCAUCUUUGUGGAUGGAUUGCUAGUGGAUAUGAUGUGGGAUGUUCAUGAUUGGUUCUUCAAUCCAUCAUCCGGUUCUGCUGUUUUCAUGUUUAGGACAAGGAGCGGACUGGACAGCAGGCUAUGGUUGGAGGAGAAGAAUUUGACGAAUAAGGAACAAGAGAAGGUCGAGUUCUCCUUGUUGAUCUGUGCCUGUAAGAACCCUGACUGAUUCUUAGUUUCUUCUCUUUGAAUUCCCUAUUCUAUAUAAAUUUUCUUUUCUAGAAAAAGCAAAUUGUUUGCUUUCUGAAUUAUAGGAAAAUAUGCUCAACUGGAGUGGAGAAAAUGAAUUUGAGUUGUAAAAAUUUUACUCUGUACAUAAACCCUAUUCAUUCAGAUUGUUCUCUCUCAAGCAAAACCUUCCUCGUUCUGACUUU